AUGCAAUAAUUGUACAGCUAUUGAAAUUAUUUAGUGUCGAAAUGAAGGCUGCGACUUGGCAAAAAGAUUCUCACGGGCUUUUUGAUUAUGAAACUCAACUUCUCACAAUAGAAAGGCAUGCCAUAUUGAAAGAGCGGAAGGUUUACCGAUUGGGUAUGUUAUACUAUUAAUUAUUUAAUAGGUUAAGAGAUCAGUACACAUUCUCCGGAAACUGAAUAACAAGAGUGUCAAUAAUAUUUAACUGCAGUUCAAGAGAAGAACGAUAAGUUUUACAUCAAUCCUAGUGGAUGUGAUGAAAAUGAAAAUUUUUUAAUAGUUAGAAGUUUAAAAAAUAGUUAAGGAGCACAGAAAGUAUAAGUUGAUAAUAAAAAUGAAAGGGAUAUAAAAUGGAACCUGGAGAGAUAAUAAAAUUGGGGAGGAUGGAAUAUGUGAUAAUAGAAACCAGGAAUCAAGAUAACUUAAUUAAUAAAGCAAAAGGCGAAAUGCUAAAAGUAUAACUUGAAUAAAAGCUCAGGAUUUGUUUGAAAUAACUGCUUCGUACGUUACCAAUAAUUAAGCAACAUGUCGAUUUUGCUUAAUGGAGACACAGUCGAAGGAAGAUCCCUUCAUUUCUCCAUGCAAUUGUAAAGGAAGCUACGAGUUCGUUCAUUUUCGUUGUUUGAGACAAUGGAUUGAAAGCAGAUGCCAAAUAAAAUAGUUAAAUAGUGCACAAUCAUAUCGAUGGAAAUAGUAUAAAUAUUGACAUCCUAGGCAACAAUGUGAACUCUGUGAAUCCUUAUUACCUAUGAAGAUAAAUAUGGAAGACAGGGAACUUUCAUUGGACCUCAUACAGCGACCUUCAUCACCCUAUUUGAUAAUGCAAUCAAGACACAAAAAGGAGAAGAAGCACGGCAAAGCUGUUUAUGUGAUCUAGUUUUAAAAUUGUGAACCUAUAAAAAUAGUAAGUAAGACAUUAAUCAAUAGGGAAGAGGUCAUCAAUGUGAUAUACAGAUCUCAGAUAUCUCAGUUUCUAGAUUGCAUGCUUACAUGAAAUAUUAGGAUGGUGACUUCAUCAUUCUUGACAACAACAGUAAGUUCGGUACACUUGUGAGAUUGUUCUAGCCAUAUAAAAUUGAGCAAGAGAAGGUUGCUGUAUAAGUAAUAUUGUUUCUAAACCAUAGAUUGGACGUACAGUCUUAACAUUUGUAGUAAAACAGUAGUCUAUUGAGGAUAACAAUUGA